GACCGCGGAAGUUAAGCAAUGGAGAGGCGGGCCUAGGACCGGAAGCAGGAAGGAGGGCGCAGGAAGCUGGGCACCGCAACCACUCGUACUGUCUGUCGGUCAGUGGGUCUGUCGGCCCACAGGGCAGGAUGGAGAAGCUGCGGCUCCUGGGCCUGCGCUACCAGGAGUAUGUGACUCGUCACCCGGCCGCCACGGCCCAGCUGGAGACGGCAGUGCGGGGUCUCAGUUACCUGCUGGCAGGUCGUUUCGCCGAUUCGCACGAGCUGUCAGAGCUGGUGUACUCUGCCUCUAACCUGCUGGUGUUGCUCAAUGAUGGGAUCCUACGGAAGGAGCUUCAGAAAAAGCUGCCAGUGUCGCUGUCCCAGCAGAAGCUGUUGACGUGGCUGAGCGUGCUGGAAUGCGUGGAGGUGUUCAUGGAGAUGGGGGCCGCCAAGGUGUGGGGCGAAGUGGGCCGCUGGCUCGUCAUCGCCCUCAUUCAGCUGGCCAACUCUGCCAUACCCCCAAUCCAGGGCGGUCCUGCGAAUGCUGCUGCUCGUCUGGUUCAAGGCUGGCCUCCAGACCUCGCCCCCCAUCGUUCCACUGGACAGAGAGGCCCAGGCAUCGCCCCCAGACGGCGAGCACAGCCACGGCAGCCAGGAGCAGUCAUACGUGGGGAAGCGGUCAAACCGAGUGGUGCGAACCCUCCAGAACACUCCGUCCCUGCACUCAAGGCACUGGGGAGCCCCGCAGCAGCAGGAACGACGGCAGAAGCGGCACCAGGAGGAGCUGAACGUCACCCCCACUCCGCUGGGGCUGCAGGAGACCAUCGCAGAGUCCUUGUACAUUGCCCGGCCCCUGCUGCAUUUGCUCAGCCUGGGCAUAUGGGGUCAGCGGUCAUGGACACCUUGGCUCCUUUCUGGCGUCGUGGAUGUGACCAGUCUGAGCCUCCUGAGCGACAGGAAGGGCCUGAGCCGCAGGGAGCGUCUGGAGCUGCGCCGCCGGACCAUCCUGCUCCUGUACUACCUGCUGCGCUCCCCGUUCUACGACCGCUUCUCCGAGGCCAGGAUCCUCUUCCUGCUCCAGCUGCUGGCAGACCAUGUCCCGGGCAUUGGCCUGGUCGCAAGGCCACUCAUGGAUUACUUGCCCACCUGGCAGAAAAUUUAUUUCUACAGUUGGGGCUGACAGACACCCUGGGGGUGGGAUGCGGGGAGGGGCAGGGUGUGCCUCGGCCUUUCAGUCCUCUGGGCCCCUCCGCCCUAAUAAAACUGACUCUGGCCGAAGCCAAGCCUGUGGCCUCUCCGUGCCCACAGCCCUGGGCGCCACCGGGGCCCCUCCGACACCCUCCUGACAUUGACCGCACCCUCUGGUGAUGGAGCCACCGCGGC